AUGCGCCAGCACAGACUCCCAGCGUCGUACUACCGCGGGGGAACAUCACGCGCGGUCUUUUUCCAGCCGAAGGACCUCCCGGCAGACAGGUCGCAAUGGGCGCCGAUCUUCCUAGGCGUCCUAGGCAGCCCGGACCCCUGGGGCCGCCAACUCGACGGCAUGGGCGGCGGGAUCUCCAGCCUGUCGAAGAUCUGUGUCGUCGGACCGUCAACCCACCCGGACGCGGACGUCGACUAUACCUUUGCUGCAGUGGGCGUGAAGGACGCCGAGGUGGACUUUUCGAGUAAUUGCGGGAAUAUGACCAGCGCGGUGGGUCCGUUUGCGGUCGAUGCCGGCAUCUUCGCCACCGGCGAGACAAGGGAGCUUGGGACCACCGCCGAGACGGAGAGAGAUACCGACAGCAAACCCACAACGAUGACGGUGCGGAUCCACAACACCAACACCGGCAAGAUCAUCCACUCGACGUUCGACGUGCAGGACGGGGAAGCCGUCGCCAGCGGCGCGUUCAGCAUCGAUGGCGUUUCCGGCACGGGCGCGAGGAUCCAACUCGACUUCGUCAACCCGGCGGGCUCCAAGACAGGCAAGCUGCUCCCCACGGGGAAUGUCGUCGACACGUUCGACGGCGUGGCUGCGACGUGUACCGAUGUGGGAAACCCGUGCUGUUUCGUCCAGGCCGCGUCCCUGGAUGUCGAUGGGGCCAUCUCGCCGGCCGAGAUGGAGGCGCACCCGACGCUUCUGGCACGGCUGGAAUCGAUUCGGCGGCAGGCGGGCGUGAAGAUGGGGUUGGCCCGUACGCCUGCGGACGUGCCGGGGAGUGUGCCGAAGAUAUGUCUUGUUUCAAGGCCGGAGGAGGGGGACAGUGCCGCGGAGAUGGACCUGCGCGUCCGUGCCAUUUCCGUGGGCCAGCCGCACAAGGCUGUGCCGAUCACGGUGGCGCUGGCUUGUGCUGCGGCGUCGAAGUUGGCGGGGUCGACGGUGCGGGAGUGCUGUUCUGAGCAUCCCGUUGACUCGGCCGGUGUCACGCUGGGGCAUGCCAGUGGGAGGCUGAUGGUUGGGGCGCAGUACGACGAGCACGGCCAUCUGAGGUCUGCGACUGUUUUCAGGACGGCGAGGCGGCUGAUGGAGGGAGUCGUCUACUGGAAAUGA